GAAUAUCCUUCUCUCCUCUGUUAGGACAAUGGCCGCUAUUUCGGAGCGCACUUUCAUUGCUAUCAAGCCUGAUGGAGUCCAGCGGGGGCUGGUGGGAGAAAUCAUCAAGCGGUUUGAACAGAAAGGAUUGAAACUAGUGGCUAUGAAACUAAUACACGCCUCUGAAGACCUCCUAAAAGAACACUACAUUGACCUGAAAGACCGGCCAUUCUAUGAUGGUCUGGUGCAGUACAUGCAUUCUGGACCUGUUGUUGCUAUGGUGUGGGAAGGUCUUAAUGUGGUUAAGACUGGAAGAGUGAUGCUGGGGGAAACUAAUCCAAUCGAUUCAAAGCCUGGCACUAUUCGUGGUGACCUCUGCGUUCAAGUUGGCAGAAACAUCAUUCAUGGAAGUGAUUCUGUAGAAAGUGCUGAGACAGAGAUCAAUCUAUGGUUCACUCCUGAAGAACUCGUUGAUUACAGAAGCUGUGCUCAUGAAUGGAUUUAUGAGUAAAACUGAGCUGACAUCUUUUGAUAUCCUUACUAACUGUAUACAGCUGUUAUCCUGUAGUUACUUCAGAGUCCUUCGUAAAAAAACGGGUAGAAACCUGUCUCAAAUCAGUGCUAUUCCUCUGUUGUGAAUAUUAAAUGUAAACACUUUGCUGCUGCUUUGACUAAAAAUCUAUCAACUCAUAGAUGGAAUUGUACUUAUAAACCUCUUCAGCUGCUUAUGAGGAUGAAAGAGGGGAUUAAAGCACGGAAAGCAUUGAUUGUUGGUAACGUAGACUGUAUACAUUUUCCUGAAAUACUCUGUAGCCAAAGAACAUAUUUUGGUAAAUAGAAACAUAGGAAAUGACUCUGUUAGAGUUGCAUCACUGUUAAAGUGUUAGGAGACAGCUGGUGGUUUGUAAAUAUAUUGACAGUAUUCCUAAAUACUGAGGAUUUUUAAAUGUUAAGAAGUCAAGACAUUCCCUCCAUGCCAAAAUAACUAUGGAAAAAAGCUUGCUCAUUUCUGUCUCUGAAAUGUCCUGGUACUGUAUGCAGAGCAUAGCUUUGCUUAAAGCAAGAACUUUUCUCUAGAUUGACACAGUUCAAACUCACCUUUUUUUUUUUUUUUUCCACAUGGGAUUUAUUUAGCCUUUUAAGGAAGGAUUAUUAGGCCAGGCUUUUUGAAAUGCCCUUUUAUGAGAAAAGAAGAUUAACGUGCGAGAAUGGCUGAAGGAGAUCCACAUUUAGCCACUUUAAGCUAGCAGUCCUUUGACGCUGCAUAGAGGAGCAACAGAGUGAUGUUUGCUUUCCUGACUGAACAGCUGGUAACAGCCAUGAAGAAAAUCUAGCUAUGUUCUUACUCGUGCUCUUCUCUCCUUAAUAGAUGGAACUCCAAAAGCAAGCUGUUCUUGGAUAAGUUUUUUUCAGAAGUGAGUCUUUGAUUGUUUUAAUUGUGAAGAAGUACAUUCAUAAUAAUCCUACUUCAGCAGCGGUCUGUGAUUCUGUCAGAAGACUAUUACCCUCUUGCAAAAAUGUUCAGAAACAACCAUUGGCUAGCUGUACUGGACUACCAAGGAACAAGAAAUGAAUUAGGUUCAAUAUUAUGUAUUUGUUGUAAAUGAAUAAAGAGUUUCAUCAACUUGCUGUUCAAACUCCUAGUGGAACUUUUGCCUACAGAGAAUUCUGUACAGUGCAAGUUGCACUCAGUGCUUAUGAUGCUCUACCAAGAUACCUAACUCCUAAAAAGGAGGAGUAUCAAAUAAAACAACAUCUGCUAUUUCUUA